AACAUUAGGAAAUUUAGCCAUGAUAGUGGGAGUUUACCUCCACUAUGCUCUGUGAUAUGUGUACAUAGGGAGGGUGGCCUUCCAGUACAGUGGAAGAGUGGUUCUUCCAUAUGGGAUGUUGUGUACGCAGGUGGUAAUUACUGUGUAUAAUCAGUUCGGUAAGUGACGGUGAAGGAGGGGAGGAAGGAAGUGAUGGUGGUUAUAGGGUUUGCAGCGGUGUGUGAUUUGAAAGGAGUGAAAGUGGAGGAUAUAUUGAGGGUUGAUGGGAGGUGUUUGAAGCUCUGCAAAGUUAUUUUCCUGUGUGACCUCUUCUACUUCAACUCAAAAUGUUUGGAUAAGCUUAAGAAAAAGAUUCGAAAGUUUGAAGAACAAUGGUGGAUAUGGAUUAACGGAGCCAGAUUUUUAUUCUGUGCUCUAAAUCUUCAAUAUUUGAUCAAAAUACAAAACUCCCAGGAUUAUGAGCUUGCUUGACUAUUCUGCUACUUCUAUAUUGUGACCAACUUAUUAAAUAUGUUUGAUAUAACUAAAUAUGUUAUGAUUAUUGUCAUCGGAUUGAUUUUUAUUGCUUGAUUGAGUAUCUGAAACUUCUUUACCUUUAUAUUAAAGAAAUGUAAGAAAAAUCAUCAUCUUCAAGCUAGAGCAGAAGAGCAACAAAAUAUUGAAAAUGUAGAUGUUGUGAGAGAAAAUCGUAAUGAUUUCGAUCAUCCUCAAGUUAACUUAAGAAAUCAAUUAGAAGAUAACUCAAAUAAUGCUGAGAUUGAAAGGGAAGAAGAACAGAAAAUCCCAAGUAAUUACAUCAAUAAUGUUCAAAAUAACGAAGGAUUCCAAGUGAAUAUGAGAAAUCUUGCUUUUGCGUUCAUGGAUGCUGCCAACCAUCAGAAGAAGUUCCUCAGACUUGACUCUACGCUCUCAGUUGAGAUGAUGAUGAAGAAUUGGAGCCGGAAGUUCACAGAGGAAGAUACCAACGCAUGUCCAAGCUGCUGAGUCUGAUUGGAAGACUUCGAGGUUGGAGAGAACAUCAUGGAGCUUCAUUGAAACCCUAAAAGUCAUGGUCAUAUGUUCCAUUUGGAGUGUAUCGAUAGCUGGUCGAAGAAAGAAAAAACAUGUCCGCUCUGUAGGAAGAACUUCAUUGAUAUUGUCAGAGAUGAAUAUAGCAGAGGAGUCUUAAUCAAAAAGAAGAGUGAGGAAUUUAAAGCACCGGAAAAACUUGAAGAAGCCUCUAAUAUUUCUGAAGAAAGAAAGGAAGUUGAUAGAACAGUUCAGAGCAGGAGAGAUUUGUCUGAAAACUAUGAGCCUUCUCCAAAUAUUUAUGGAUCUCAAAACCUUUCACUGCAUCGGAUUGGAGCUGAUGAGCCAUUUGAUCCUAUUUCUCCUGACAAUAACCAAGUUGUUAACCAACCUGACUCCCCUGUAAUCAAUGAUAUACAACUGGAUUCACUUCAAGCUCAAUAUGAUCCUAGUGCUCCAGCAUUGGAACCCAAUCGCUCUCCGAGAAUUCAAUAUUUGCACAACCUUUCAAUUCAUCGCCAUCGUGAAAGAGAGCCUUCGAAUCAAGGCUUUAAUUUCUACCCUCAGAGCAGUUUUUCAGAAAGCAUGAGUUCAGAAAUGGAUGCAGACUCUGCCUAA